AUGGGUGAUUUAAACACGAGAAGUACCGGGAAUUUUGAUUUAAGUGGAUUAAUUACCAGUGGAUGCAAUACAUACUGCAAUGCGAUCAUACCGCGAGAAACUUGUGGGAUUUUGAUGCGUUUUUUGCGUCUAAUUGUGGCAACACAAAGGUUGUUCCACGUAUUUGUUCAAGUGCUUUUUGCGACUAAUCAUCCCUACAUAGUGGUUCUACGGAUGAUGUUAUAUACUGUAAUAGUGCGUGAUGCUACGCUAGGUCAAAACUUUUUUGAAGGAUUAACAUUCAGUUUCCAGUGCCAAAUAACAAGAUGGAUAUUUUUGGAUUGGCUAAAUAGUACUUUUAUAUCGUACAAUUUGGGUUCAUUUAUCGUUGCCAGUGUAGAAAUUCUGUUGUCAUGGUGGAAUAUGAUAAGGUGUGCUAUGUUGAAGCAUUUCACAUUUCACACACAAGACACGUUUUAA